ACAUGGUUGGUGAUUAGCUGUUGUUUGUCCCAGCUCCUUUCUAGCUUCUUGCUAGUUGGGCCUGGUUGUUUGUUGGUUAUGUUAACCAGAUUGUUUGUUUCUGUUAACCAGAUUGUUUCUGUUUUUUUUUGGUAGGAUGUCUUCUUACAAAGAAUCAAACGAGAAUCCGCUGAACUCACCGGAUUCCCUUAAACCCUCACCCACCACCACCACCACCGGAAUCCACUGAACUCACCACCACGGAACCACCUUCGUCAACCACCACUACCUCCGUCUCUGACGAAACCGGAAACCUCUCCCUCUCACCCAAUCCGUCACAAAACCGUCCUCAGAUCCCUAUCACAUGGCCUUCCGGCGGCACUCUAACCCUAGAUUGGGUCACAAACCUCAUGUCAACGUUCGACUGGUCCUCUCGCAACCUCCGGCCGUCGGAGAUUCCGACGGUGCUGCCGGUGGAAGCGUUCGACGGUUUAAUACCGACUGCGUCGAAGAUUUUGUAUAAGGAGCCGAAUUGUGUGCCAAUUGAGCCUGAUAAGGAUGCUAGUGUGGUGGUUGUUGGUGAUGUGCAUGGGCAGCUGCAUGAUGUGUUGUUUUUGUUGAAGGAUUCUGGAUUUCCGUGUGAGAAUAGGUUUUAUGUGUUCAAUGGUGAUUAUGUUGAUAGAGGAGCUUGGGGACUUGAGACAUUUCUUCUGUUACUGGCUUGGAAAGUAUUUAUGCCACACAGAGUUUUCCUCCUUCGCGGGAAUCACCAAUCUAAAUACUGUACCUCAGUUUACGGAUUUGAAAACGAAGUUUUAGCCAAAUAUGGCGAUAAUAAUAAAGGAAAACAUGUCUAUCGUGAGUGUUUGGGGUGUUUCAAAGGACUUCCUCUUGCUUCAAUAAUAGCAGGGCGUGUGUAUACAGCACACGGAGGGGUUUUUCGUAAUAUACCAGCUGCCUCAUCAAAACGGGCUAAAGGAAAAAAGAACCGUAAAGUUAUACCGAGCGCAGAUUCGGUUCCGUUAUCUCUUGGUUCUCUAGAGGAAUUAUCUAAAACUAGACGAACUGUGCUUAACCCUCCAUGGGAAGGCCCAAAUCUGAUCCCCGGAGAUGUUUUAUGGUCCGACCCGCCUAUGAAACCGGGCCUUUCUCCAAAUGAUGAAAGAGGUAUUGGCCUUUUGUGGGGUCCAGAUUGUACCGAAGACUUCCUAAAGAAAUCCGGUCUUAAGUUAAUUAUUAGGGCUCAUGAAGGUCCCGAUGCAAGGGAAAAGCGGCCCGGUUUUGGAGGAAUGGAUGAAGGGUACACGAUAGAUCAUGUGGUACCAUCGGGGAAACUGAUUACAGUCUUUAGUGCUCCUGAUUAUCCACAGUUUCAGGCAACCGAGGAGCGGUACGAAAACAAAGGAGCAUACAUUGUCCUGAACUCCCCCAACUUCGAUACUCCAAUCUUUCAUAGUUUUGAAGCUAGCAUUCCUAGACCCAAGGUGAAGCAGUUACUUGUAAUAUUUUUUUAAUCUUGAUACAAAGCCGAGGUACCCGCUUUACGACACGAGCAGUUGUUGUCAGCUCACGUGUCUUGUUUGCGAAUUGCGACUCCCGUGGAUCAGGAUCGAUGCACAGCUGGCGCAGUCGCAGCAUGUUGUCGCCAAGUAUUUGGGUCUCGGUGGGCAGGGUGGUAAUCUUGGUGAUGAUAAGGAGCUUGAUCAGUAGUUCAUGACUCAUUAUGUUCUGUUGCUUUGUUCUUUUAAAGAGCAACUGCAACAACAUGUUGGUGUUCACGCUAUGGAAGCUGUUAUGGUGUGUUGGGAGAUCGAGCAGUCGUUAUAGAGCUUGACAGGGGUGUCACCUGGAGAAGGAACGGGUGCGACAAUGUCAGAUGAUGAUGAUGAUGAUCAAGUGGACAGUGAUGCGAAUUUGUUUGAUGGGAUGGGUUGCAGUUGAUCGUGCCAAACAGCUGAAUUUGGUUAUACAGUUGAAUGCUUAGAGGGAUACAUGGUAGGAAAUGGAGUUUCAGAUCAAGUGUUUGAUGGGAAUGCUCAUUUCAGAUGAACUUUAUGAGGAAAUACCCGCAAUAGCGGCUACCAACUUUGGAAACGAAGAUGCUGAUGAAGUGGAUGAUGAUACGGAUAUGAUGUAGAAUUAUGACAUUUUAUAUGUUAAGUAGUUUUAUGGCGU